AUGGGCAAGUUGGACGAACGAGUGGGCACAGUCCGACUUCAACAUCCUGAUGACCCCAAGGAGAGCGAUACCACGGAUAAGGCUCACAACCCUCAAAAUCCUGACGAUCCCGACGACAGCAAUGUCACGGAUGUGGCUGAAAACUCUCAAGACUCCCAAGCCUCUAAAACCAUUACUACCUCAACCCGGGCUUGGUCACCUCUCACCUCCGCACAGAUAUUUAUCUGGCUUGCGAUCCUAAUUAAUAUGGGAAUUUCCCCAAAGAGAUCACUUGCAGACCAUUGGAAAACCUCGCAAGUUGGGGAUAUUCAACCAUCCGACCCCUUCAUCAAAUACAUGACAUUUCAUCGGUUCAAGGAAAUUCUCAAGUAUCUCCGUAUCUUCCCCCCUUUUGAGAAGAUUGAGGAUGAUAGUGAACGAAUGACAUUUCGGGUUCGUGAGUGGUCUGACCACAUAAAAACCACCUCAACAUCCCUCUUCACCGGCAACGAGCUCCAAGACGCUGCCCAACGUAAGAAAACCGAGAGCAUUACAAAGAAUCGCCGUAAAACAAUCGCCUAUACCAGCAAUUCUCUCGUGACAACGACCACAACGACCACCUGGGCGGCGUCGAUAUUCGUGACCAUCUCAGGAAAGAUAUCGGCUAUCACCAUCGCUACCGUCGAGGAACUUGGCAGGCCGUGGCCUGGAGCUUCCUCCUUGACACGCGCGAAUCGAACUUUCCUUAUUGGCGGAACCGCGAUCAAGUAG